AUGAAGGCGAUAUUUAGUUCCCAGGCGAACGGGGUGGUGGCGGUAGUGUUGAGUGCUUUUACGAUGCCGGCGAAGGGUGUUUUAACGGAAGAAGACGUAGUACGUGGCGCACGUGUGUGUAAAGCGGAGAUGGAACGAUCGUGGCCGAGUUGGUUGCAGCGGAAGAUGGCGAACCGCAAAUCGCUACGGCCAUUUACGUGGUCGGUACACCCAGGUGCAGGAGCGGAGAGGGAUGCGGACAAGGACGCCGUUGCCCUAGUCACACUUGUGCACGUACUCUCCGGCGAAGUUCGAAAACGGUCGCCGCGCGCUGCCGCCAUCCGGGCACGCUUGCGUCAUGCACAAGAACAACUCUAUACACGAAUCGCUGACAAGCUUAACGAACGCUGCGAGGCACUCCAAACCGGCACCGACGCCCUUUCCGCCUGCUGCCGACGACUCACACUACUUGCCAUCAAAGAUACACUCGCGUUUGAAACCGCUUUCCAGACGAAAGUGGGAAUUGAGAAAGGGACCAAGAUGGAGAAGGGUAUCAAGACAGAAGCCGAAAGGGCGGUGCAGCAGUUCAGGAUGCACUACAUGGACGUGGCGCGACAGGUGGAGAAGUUGCUCGGGCUACUGCCUGCGAGCAAGUUCGAACUUCUACCGGCGCUCGUGGACAAGUGUCUGGGCAAUGCGUUGGUUCUUAAUUUGGAGCGCGAGCAGGGAUGUCCGAUUUUGAAAAGCGUAGCCCGGUAUCUGUUCCUGCGCCUUUUUGACAUUUCAGUUGCAGCGGCGCGCCAUGGAAUUUGCACGGUCUUGCAACUCAAGCGUCGCCAGGAUUUCGAAGACGUAGUCGACUACGUGCGCCACAUGACCGUGCUUGGGCAACCGGUUGUGGAUGAAGAUGAGGCUGAGCAGGAUGAAAUGUUACAAGAGCCCAGCCGACUCGACCGGCUUAGAGCCUUCGGCCGCAGGGCCAGUCUGGACCUGCUGGGCCGAAGGCCGAGCCUGACCCGCAUGGUCAACUUGGGCCGCAAGGCCAGUUUGGACCACUCGGGUCUCGCUCAUCUAAACGCCAAUGGUCGCAAGAACAGCCUGGGGUUGACUGAGCGCAGGGGCAGUUUGGGUCUGCGCAAGGGAAGUGUGGGGCUGAGCAGCCUGGGUCUCGGGCUUGGUCGUAAUUUUGGUUUCGGCCGCGAAGACAGCGACUGUCAGGAGAGUCUGGACUCGGCAUUGCGGGCGUACGCGGCCGAGCAGCGGCAGGCACGUAACGAGUUAGUCAACCUCUACCGAGGCGUAUGUGGGGUUGCUGGCACAUUGCUCUCUGACGACCAGCUCGCCCAGCUGCCCUAUUACCUCACGCAGACAGACAUCGACCGGCUCACCGCUGGUGAAGUCCUGGACACGCAAGAAGUCGGAUUUCCCAACCCUCGUGUAGCCGACCUGGCAGAGGUCUGGAAUGAACGUCUCGUAUCUGACCUCUACCCUUGGCUUAAUAGACUCGCCCAGUACAAGAUCGGCCCUAUCACCGCUAAGGACGGAGAACUCAAAAAACCAAAGACGGUGGAAGCAAAGACUCCAAAACCCCUCAAGAUGUCGGAAUUCAAUCCGAAGAGAGAGGUGUACCACAACCCGUUCGUCAGUAGUGAGCCCACCGAGUGGCAAGAGAGUAGAUCCGAACGAAGCUUGGUCUUGCGGAAUGAGGAAGGUGAUCUCUGUUUGCCCUCGGCCACUAGACUCGAAGCGGCCCAUGAACCCACUCAUGAACCCGCCGAGAGAACUACCGGCAAGACCACAAGUGCGGGAACAAUACCGGUCUCGGGUGCUGUACCUCCAGGGACGGCUUCCGUAUCCGGCCCCGAAACUUCGACGGACCUGGACCGGCGGCACACGUUCCACUCGUUACGGCGACUACCAAAUGCGGCGACCCGGCGUUUGGCCCGAGAGCGUUCAUCGUUGGGAGCGUCCGUUCGUCGCCAAGUGAAUGCUAAGGCCGCCGGGCUUUCACUCAUACGCCGCAUCAUGGGCCAAUCGCCCGUCCGCACACCCGUGCUACAACCCGUCGGAUGCCGGGAAGAAAUUGACCCGCGGUUCGUCGGACUCCGUGGUCGUGUCCGCUUCGCCGACCUCACAGGCCACUCCGACUGCUGGGCCAAUCUUCUCUACCGCACACCGAAAUAUAAGGGCGGCACCCUACGUUCAGUCGAACCCUUGUGA